GGGAAUUUCGUCCCAAAUCAAAGGAAUGAAGUCUGGCUCCGGAGGAGGGUCCCCGACCUCGCUGUGGGGGCUCCUGUUUCUCUCCGCCGCGCUCUCGCUCUGGCCGACGAGUGGAGAAAUCUGUGGACCGGGCAUUGACAUCCGCAAUGACUACCAACAGCUGAGGCGCCUGGAGAACUGCACAGUGAUCGAGGGCUACCUCCACAUCCUGCUCAUCUCCAAGGCCGAGGACUACCGCAGCUACCGCUUCCCCAAGCUCACCGUCAUCACCGAGUACCUGCUGCUGUUCCGCGUGGCCGGCCUCGAGAGCCUGGGAGACCUCUUCCCAAACCUCACGGUCAUCCGUGGCUGGAAACUCUUCUACAACUACGCGCUAGUCAUCUUCGAGAUGACCAACCUCAAGGACAUUGGGCUCUACAACCUGAGGAACAUUACUCGGGGGGCCAUCAGGAUUGAGAAGAACGCUGAUCUCUGUUACCUCUCCACGGUGGACUGGUCCCUGAUCCUGGAUGCUGUGUCCAAUAACUACAUUGUGGGGAACAAGUCCCCGAAGGAGUGUGGGGACCUGUGUCCAGGGACCAUGGAGGAGAAGCCGAUGUGUGAGAAGACCACCAUCAACAACGAGUAUAACUACCGCUGCUGGACCACGAAUCACUGUCAGAAAAUGUGCCCCAGCGCGUGCGGGAAGCGGGCGUGCACGGAGAACAACGAGUGCUGCCACGCCGAGUGCCUGGGCAGCUGCACGGCGCCCGACAACGCCACGGCCUGCGUGGCCUGCCGGCAUUACUUCCACAAGGGCGAGUGUGUGCCCGACUGCCCGCCCGACACCUACAAGUUCGAGGGCUGGCGCUGCGUGGACCGAGACGCCUGUGCCAACAUCCCCAACGCGGAGAGCGGAGACUCCGAGGGCUUCGUCAUCCACGACGGCGAGUGCAUGCAGGAGUGCCCCUCCGGCUUCAUCCGAAACGGCUCUCAGAGCAUGUACUGCAUCCCCUGCGAAGGUCCUUGCCCCAAAGUCUGUGGCGAGGAAGAAAAGAAGACAAAAACAAUCGACUCUGUUACUUCUGCUCAGCUGCUUCAAGGAUGUACCAUCUUUCGGGGAAAUCUGCUCAUUAAUAUCCGACGGGGCAAUAACAUUGCUUCGGAGCUGGAGACUUUCAUGGGGCUCAUUGAGGUGGUGACAGGUUACGUGAAGAUCCGCCAUUCCCACGCCUUGGUCUCCUUGUCUUUCCUCAAAAACCUUCGCCAUAUUCUAGGGGAGGAGCAGCUGGAAGGGAACUACUCCUUCUACGUCCUGGAUAACCAAAACCUCCAACAGCUGUGGGACUGGGACCACCGCAAUCUCACCAUCAAAUCGGGGAAGAUGUACUUCGCUUUCAACCCCAAGCUGUGUGUCUCGGAAAUUUACCGCAUGGAGGAAGUGACAGGGACAAAAGGGCGCCAGAGCAAAGGGGACAUAAACACCAGGAACAACGGGGAAAGAGCCUCCUGUGAAAGUGACGUCCUGCAUUUCACCUCCACCACCACGUGGAAGAACCGUAUCAUCAUCACCUGGCACCGGUACCGGCCCCCAGACUACAGGGACCUCAUCAGCUUCACCGUGUACUACAAGGAGGCACCCUUUAAAAAUGUCACAGAAUAUGAUGGACAGGAUGCCUGUGGCUCCAACAGCUGGAACAUGGUGGAUGUGGACCUCCCUAACAACAAGGACAAGGAGCCCGGCAUUCUCCUGCAUGGGCUGAAGCCCUGGACGCAGUACGCUGUCUACGUCAAGGCCGUGACCCUCACCAUGGUAGAGAACGACCACAUCCGUGGGGCCAAGAGUGAAAUCUUAUACAUUCGCACCAAUGCUUCAGUUCCUUCCAUUCCACUGGAUGUCCUCUCGGCUUCAAACUCCUCCUCCCAGCUGAUUGUGAAGUGGAAUCCACCGUCCCUGCCCAAUGGCAACCUGAGUUACUACAUUGUGAGGUGGCAGCGGCAGCCUCAGGACGGCUACCUGUACCGGCACAACUACUGCUCCAAAGACAAAAUUCCCAUCAGGAAGUACGCUGAUGGCACCAUCGAUGUGGAGGAAGUCACGGAGAAUCCCAACACAGAGGUGUGCGGGGGGGAGAAAGGACCUUGCUGCACUUGCCCCAAAACGGAAGCUGAGAAGCAAGCCGAGAAGGAGGAGGCCGAGUACCGCAAAGUCUUUGAGAAUUUCCUGCACAACUCCAUCUUCGUGCCCAGACCUGAAAGGAAGCGGAGAGAUGUCAUGCAGGUGGCCAACACUACCAUGUCCAGCCGGAGCAGGAACGCCACGGUGGUGGACGUCUACAAUAUCACAGACCCAGAAGAGGUGGAGACAGAAUACCCUUUCUUUGAGAGCAGAGUGGAUAACAAAGAGAAAACUGUCAUUUCAAACCUCCAACCUUUUACUUUAUACCGCAUCGAUAUUCACAGCUGUAACCAUGAGGCUGAGAAGUUGGGUUGCAGUGCCUCCAACUUUGUCUUUGCAAGAACCAUGCCUGCAGAAGGAGCAGAUGACAUUCCUGGACCGGUUACCUGGGAGCCAAGGCCAGAAAACUCCAUCUUUUUAAAGUGGCCAGAACCUGAGAACCCAAAUGGACUCAUUUUGAUGUAUGAAAUCAAAUAUGGUUCCCAAGUGGAGGACCAGCGGGAAUGUGUAUCCAGACAGGAAUACAGGAAGUAUGGAGGGGCCAGGCUUAACCGGCUAAACCCAGGAAACUACACGGCUCGAAUUCAGGCUACCUCUCUCUCUGGGAAUGGGUCAUGGACAGAUCCUGUGUUCUUCUACGUCCCAGCCAAAACCACCUAUGAAAAUUUCAUGCACCUGAUCAUCGCUCUGCCGGUGGCCAUCGUGCUGAUUGUGGGGGGGCUGGUGAUCAUGCUGUACGUCUUCCACCGAAAGAGGAAUAACAGCAGGCUGGGCAAUGGAGUGCUGUAUGCCUCUGUGAACCCAGAGUACUUCAGUGCAGCAGAUGUGUACAUUCCUGAUGAGUGGGAAGUAGCCCGAGAGAAGAUCACCAUGAGCCGGGAGCUUGGGCAAGGGUCCUUUGGGAUGGUCUAUGAAGGUGUGGCUAAGGGUGUAGUUAAAGAUGAGCCUGAAACCAGAGUGGCCAUUAAGACGGUGAAUGAGGCAGCCAGCAUGCGGGAAAGGAUUGAGUUUCUCAAUGAGGCUUCAGUGAUGAAGGAGUUCAAUUGUCACCACGUGGUACGGUUGCUGGGUGUGGUGUCCCAGGGCCAGCCAACACUGGUCAUCAUGGAACUGAUGACCCGGGGCGAUCUCAAAAGUUACCUCAGGUCUCUGAGGCCAGAAACAGAGCAGAAGAAUGUAGUCCUAGAACCACCCAGUCUAAGCAAGAUGAUCCAGAUGGCUGGCGAGAUUGCAGAUGGCAUGGCGUACCUUAACGCCAACAAGUUCGUCCACAGAGACCUGGCCGCCCGCAAUUGCAUGGUGGCCGAAGAUUUCACAGUCAAAAUCGGAGAUUUUGGUAUGACCCGAGAUAUCUAUGAGACAGACUACUACCGGAAAGGAGGCAAGGGGCUGCUGCCUGUGCGUUGGAUGUCUCCGGAGUCACUCAAGGACGGCGUCUUCACCACUCAUUCGGAUGUCUGGUCCUUCGGGGUCGUCCUAUGGGAAAUUGCCACACUGGCUGAGCAGCCGUACCAAGGCUUGUCCAACGAGCAAGUCCUUCGCUUCGUCAUGGAGGGCGGUCUUCUGGACAAGCCAGACAACUGCCCCGACAUGCUGUUUGAGCUGAUGCGUAUGUGCUGGCAGUACAACCCCAAGAUGCGGCCCUCCUUCCUGGAGAUCAUCGGCAGUAUCAAGGACGAGAUGGAGCCCGGCUUCCGGGAGGUGUCCUUCUACUACAGCGAGGAGAACAAGCCCCCCGAAUCCGAGGAGCUGGACCUGGAGCCCGAGAACAUGGAGAGCGUACCCCUGGACCCCUCGGCCUCCUCAUCCUCGCUGCCUCUGCCCGACAGACACUCAGGACACAAGGCCGAGAAUGGCCCAGGCCCUGGCGUGCUGGUUCUGCGAGCCAGCUUCGACGAGAGACAGCCGUACGCGCACAUGAACGGCGGUCGUGCCAACGAGCGCGCGCUGCCGCUGCCCCAGUCAUCCACCUGCUGAUCCUCGGAGCCGCUGAAAGUAACGUGUGCGCCGGGCACAGGGGCGGGCGGGGAGAGGGGGGUCCACCAGCGAGUCACAAGCCUCCUGCACCUCAGUGGAUCUUCAGAGCGACCGUGGCGACCCACGGGGGACAGCUUCUCUGCAGUAAACGCAUUUGGGGUGUUCCUUUUUCAAUAUGCAAGCAGCCUUUUUAUUUCCUUCCCCAAACCCUGACAGGGCAAGGGCCUCUACACAACUGAAUGAUCGUAACAAUUGCAACACAGCCACUCUGCCUCUCUCUCUCUCUCUCUCUCUCUCUCUCUCUCUCUCUCUCUCUCUUUCUCUCUUUCUCUCUAUCCUUCCUCUCCUUUAUCUGCUUCAUAAUGGAAAAAAACAACAACAACAAAUCUCUGCAACAAGCCCAGCCAAGAUGUCCUUCCCCGUCCCCCAAUUUUUUAAAAUCAGAUUGAGGAAGUGUCUGCCCUUGGGGGAAACCCUGCACCCACCUGCCUGACACCAUAGGUCUUCACAAAAACAAACACAAAACGCGCACACCUGCACAUGGAGACAGAGGGUUUGUUUUCUUUUUUUUUUUUUUUUAAACUAUCUCUAGGCUUUUCGUAGGGCUAUCCCAAAAUUGUUAAAGGGUCCUUGUCCAUCCACGGUUGUUACCGGGUUAGCAAUGCCAAAUUUCUGCCAAAAUCCUGGAUUUUUGUCCUCCCCCCCCCCAUGACCCCCUCCAACCCCCCACAUCCACUCAGCUCUCGUUGAUGAUGACAACUAGGUUGUUACAGGGGUGGGGGAUGGCAAAAUGGGAUUCUCUAAUGUGGACACGGUUUCCUGUCUGCCUCCCCCGCUCCCCCCCCCCACACCCUAUCCCACCUUCCAAGAAUUCUGGGGUAAUCGGUCCUGAAAGCCAGGCUGUGGGUCAGGUGGUCUUGUGCCAGUCCCUUUGCCAGCCUUUCUGCUGACCCUUACCACCCUACCCCAAGGGUUGCGGAUGGGAGGGAGCUGCAGGCCGGCGUUCGCACACACAGCAGCGGGGAGAAUAGCAGGUGACAGAUUCGAGCAUUCUCAGCUCCGUGACUAGGACUUCCUCGCGGUCUUACAGUUCUAUGUCAGACCAGGAAAACAUUUGCAUACAUGUCGUCUUUAAUGUCACUUUUAUAACUUUUUUAUGAUUCAGAUAUUCAUCUAUACGUCUGUACAGGAAAAAAAAAGCUGCUAUUUUUUUUUUUGGUUGUUGUUCUUUAUCUUUGUGGAUUUAAUCUAUGAAAAUAUACAGGUCUCCCUUUUCUUCUCUUCUGCUCACUCCAAGAAAACUUCUUAAUGCUUUGUACAAGAGUGUGUGAUUUCUCCCCCUUUCUCUCCCCACCCCCCCCCCUUCCCAGUAAUGGAUACUUCUGGACCAUAAUUUGCCAUUAGCUCUUUGAUGCCUGGUGUUUUUGUUGUUGUUAUUUUUUGUGGGUUUUUUGGUUGUUGUUUUCAUGUGAAUGCAUCCCUCCCAUUCUUUCUUGCUGUCCCCAGCCCCGCGUGUUGUACUCUCACCUGCAGGCUCUGUGGACAAGGCGGGGGGAGGAGGCAGGUGAGGGCUGGGCUAGGGUGGAGGCCCCACAAGGCCAUGUUCCCCUCUGUAGUCAGGGGCCCCUUCUGUCCCAGACCAGACACCAUACAAACUCAGGCCAGGAAAACAAAAACAAGUAGAAUAGCUCACAGGUCCUUGUUGGGUGUUUGUAAUCCUCGCUAUCUCAUCUUCUCUUUCCCUCACCUCCGUUUGGGUUGUGACAUGCAUCUAUCUGUAUAUAUAGAGAAAGAGAUCAAUUCUUGGGUACAACAGCAGUUUUCAACUGCAAACACUAGACAUUUGGAAUGCCAUCUUUUUUUCUUCGUUUUUAAUUCAUGACCAUUGAAUCCUUCCAUCCCCUGAAACGCAGCUGCUGAGUCCCAGGUACAGCAGAACGUGGCUUAGCCAUCUUCACCAGACCGACCUACCUGUGCCUACAACCACACCAGGCCUGGGGACCUCCACCGAGGGUGUGCAGCCGGCCUGAGCGUGGGCAGAGCCCACAGCCGCAGCCGCCCUGGCUCCCCUGACUCUCACGAGAGAUGGGAGCCUGGCUUUGGCAGGCCUUCUUUGGCCAGAAAUCUCAGUCCUGGAGGGAAGCAGGAGGGACAGAGUCUUGCUUGAUGACAUUUUGUUUUUCACAGCACAAGCAUUGCUUCUGGGAUGGAAAUGUUAAAAAUGAGUGAGGACAAAGCUCAAAAUGGAUGACUGCUAGUUGUGGCUGGAGAUUCAAACACAGAAAAGCAAGUGUGCCAAGCUUUUCUGCAUGUGAGUAGAUUCGAUCUCCGCUUUCUUACUAGCUUCCGUCUCAGUGUUUUCCCCUU